AUUGCCUAGCUCGAAAGGAGCGGGCCACAUCCGGGUAUCGGAGUGCGUGCUCGCCGCGCGGCCUGCAGUGUAGCGCCGGCGGCCAUGCUGAAGUGCACGAUGAACGGCGGUCAGCUGAAAGUCUUUGGGAAGACAAUCCAAGCCCUAGCACGGCUGAGUAACGAGCUGUGGCUUGACCCAUCCAAACAAGGUCUCGUGCUGCGAUCUAUUAAUUCUUCUUGUUCAGCCUAUGGAUAUGCCCUCUUCUCACCUGUGUUUUUUGAACAAUAUCAAUGGUCAACGUCAGGGACAAUGAAUCAUGAUGACAUUCCACUGACUUUAAAUUUCAAGUUCACAAUGCAGUCUCUUCUGCCCAUCUUUAAAUGUCUGAAUUUCCUUGAGAGGAAUGUUGAGAAGUGCAAAAUGUUCACAAAAUCUGGGAAGUGCAGAUUUAUUAUUCAGCUCUUCUGCAAGCACAGUAUUAAAAAAACCCAUAACCUGCGCUUUGAAGAAAGCCGGCCUAUCCAAGUUCUUCUCGAAAAGAACAUGUGUACUAAUAUACUAGUGAUUCAGCCAAGAUUACUGGCUGAGACGGUUGUUCUUUUCCCAUCAAAUCUAGAGGAAGUUACCCUCGCUGUCACAUCAGUGGAUUUUUGCCUCAGGAGUUCUAAUGAGCAAGCCACAGACAUGAACAGUUCCGUGCGCAGCUCGAUGUGUGUGGACAGAGACGAGUUUGACUUCUUUCAGAUUGGACUAGAUACUGAAGUAACGUUUUGUCUCAAAGAUUUGAAGGGCUUCCUGACACUCUGUGAAGCUGUGCGUGGUCCCGUCGCCAUACAUUUUGAUUUUCCUGGGAAGCCAGUGGCACUAAGUAUUAAUGAUAUGCUAUGCGAAGCUCACUUCUACUUGGCUACCUUGGCUGAUGACCCAAGCAGACCGCCCUCCCCUCUGUCCCUGUGCCUGCCCCAGGAAGGAGAAAGGUCCAGUCCAGCACGGGCAAGGCUGACCCUGGGUCAGAGUAGAAGCAGCCAGGCUGCAGAGAGCAUCUCAAGGAAAAUUUCACGGAAAAGGCUGUGUCCCGCUGAGUCUCCCCCGGAGAGUGGUGCCCAGGAAAACCACAGCAGUCCUCUGAAGAAGAGAGCACCCAGUGAGGAGCACCCAGACAGGGAAUCCAGCCCAGUGUUCAGGAGGGUCUCGACCGAGCAUUUGGGAUGAGAACAAAACGUGCUGAUGUUGACGACUGGUGAUGUGGCUGCCAACUUUCCCUGCAGAAGUGACUUGUUUGCUCCCAGCAGCUGCUGAGCCUCUGGGAGAGGCUUCAGGACUCAGUGUGCCCCACUUUGCCCCACUUCUCUGCCUAAUGACUUAGCAUCCACGGAUGCUGUCAUUAUCAUGCCACCACAUGCCAAGAGCUGAUUUUUGUUACGUGCUGCUGUUUAUUAGGUGAACCUCCACUUUAAGACUGCUCUUCUCUACCAUUUGCUUCUCAUUUGGCUAUUUCUGUCACAUGCUCUUGGCUGACGUUUUAUUCUACAGACUGGAUUUGUCUACACUGCCGCGGAGCUGGCCGCUCCGACCACAGUACUCUGAGCACUUGCUUCUCCUUCCUUUGGAGUCUUAUGUAUUCAGUCCGUGCUCACUUUGCCGAUUUCUGGUGAGGCAGAACAUCUGGAUGUCCCCCACCCACCCCCUACAGCCAGAUGUCACCUACACCCAGUCCUUCCUGAGCGAGCUUUCACUUCAGAACAAACAGUGCAGUUCUUUCUCCCUCUGGUUUUCUUCCAUGUUCUUUGGAGCAGUUUCUUCCAAUCAACAAGAACACACCAAUCACUCUUCCCAUAGUCUGGCAGUAGCAAAGGACAGUGACCGGAACACUAGUGACAUCUAACCUUUAGCAGGGUUGAGGCCGCCCACGAGGAAGCUCGAGUUGCACCACUGGCAGCCUGAAGGAAGAAGGCCAUUGUCCCGUACAAUGGCGGAAUCUAGAGAACACUGCUCAAGAGGCUUAAGUUUUCGGUGCAGAACAAAGCACAUCAUACUUCUUCGUUGUGUAGCAGGCAGGUCUCCGGAGGUGAUGUGGAAGGCGACAGGGUUCCCUGUCCAGCACUGCAGGGACGUGUGCUUUCUGCGCAGGCGCCAGGCGCAGCAUACACUCAGUAUCUGCCAUACUUGCUGGGAGCACUCAGGUUUUGCUGCUUUCAGAAUUGGCAAAAACUUAGCCCAUUUUUCCUCACGUGAUGACAUGACUUUUUAAUGCAUUGUUUUGAGACUUUAAAAUAACCCUGGAAUUGGGAAAAAGGAUCAAGAAUAAAAUAUAACUACC